GCGGUUAUGGAACAGAAGCUGUGCUGAUGAUGGAGUUUGAUUGAGUGCAGAACAGAAAAGACAUGCACGCCAUCACAGGAGCAACGAGUUGUAGCCGUGAAGUAGACGCAGGAGAGGAAGACCAAGGAAAAGAAGAAGCGAGGGAAAGAAGCGUUCACAUCCAGGACCACGCACCUUGGCAACAGUGAAAGGUUGACCUUUGAUACAGACCGCCACCAUGGAGCGACACGACACGGCAGCUCACGCGAGCGUGAGCGAACACAAGGGCCUGGUGUUCCAAAGCGCAGAGGAAGUGGCACACACGCUACGCCAGCGGUGCAAACGGUCGUUCUUCCGCCACGUCAGCCCGACUGGCGCAAUGGAGGUCGUUGCAGCCGCAGCCAAGCAGGGGUUCGCCCCAAAAGACUACAUCAACAUUGGCAACGAGAACAACAAGACUGCGCUCAUGUUUGCCUCGCAACUGAAGAACGGGCACGAUCUGGUGCGAUUUCUGCUCGAGCGCGGUGCAGAGCCAAACGCAUCCACAAACCGCGGACACACCCCCGUCGUGUUUGCUGCAGGCAAGGGCCGGGAAGAGACGCUGCGGGUGUUGUUUGAAUUUGGCGGCCGCGUGCGUGUUCGUGUCGUGCGCGGGGACACACCCUUGUCCAUCGCCAGCCCAAAGCUGUCGGCUGCAAUGCGCGCUGAGCUGCAGCGGCGAGAGGAGAAUGAGGACGAGGACUGGAUGGACUUUACAGCAGACGAAAAUGCCCAAAUUGCACAGCAGGAACACGAGAAGACAUGCAGGCACUGCCGCAUACGUCUUGGAUUGGAGCCGCGACCACGGACGUGGAAGCGACGGCGUCCGCGUGUGGAGGAUGCGUUUGAACACAUGUCCAUCGACGAACUCGGCGACGCGUUGAGGCGCGCACUGGCAGGCAGCGAGAACGAUGACGACGACAAUGAAGAUGGUGGUGAGAAUGGUGUCGAUGAUAACGAUGAAGAAGAUGACGAUGAAGAUGAUGACGAAUACAGGGAUGACAAGGAUGAACAAGGUGCCUACGAUAACGAGGGUGCCGAUGUUGACGUGCAAGGAGGUGGUCAAAAUGACAGCCAGGACGACCGCCAACACCAUGUGCCAAGCCAGCCAUCACCAACAGCGUCAUCAACCCAGGGCAUCCAACACACGUCGCCAGAUGAUGCAAUGCACACUCCUCCUCCAAGCGACCCUGUGCAGCGUGCGCGCAUUGUGCUGUGCCGAUGCGUUCUGACGUCGUUCUCGCUCCCGCCCGAGAACCGCAAGUCGUUUGCAGCGGACUUUGCGUCCGCUUUCCAUGAUGCAAUCGCCGCCAGCACCGAUGACGAGCUGCUGCUUCUGCUGCGCGUGUGCGAUGAAGACGGCAUCAUCGGCACCAUCAAGAACCGGGCCGAUUUUCCCGUGCGUCGCGCGUCCCUCGCGUUCAACAUCAUGAAAAAGGCGUUGGCGCAAUCGCUGGCACACGCACACACGCGCACGCGACUCCGCCCGCACAUGCUGGCGUGUGUUGACGGCAACGUGGCGUGCAUGGUGCUGGACGCACUGGUGAGCACGCAACGCGACGAGUGGGAGGUGGUGCACGCGUGUCGCAGCUGCUGCGAUGAUGAUGAUGAUGGUGGUGACGAGAGAGGGGAUGAUGCUGUGAAGCAGCAUGUGUGCCAUGUGUGCAACGAUACCAACGACUGCAGUGGCAAAGGCGGCAGUGGCACCAACGACAACUCCAGCAACAGUGGCGAUGACCGUGAUGACAGCAACAACAACAGCAACAGCAACAGCAACAGCACCGCAAUCGCGAGGCACGGCAACAGCGGAGACGCCAGUUGCCAUCGCGUGUGCGUGUGUCAGUUGAUUGCGUGGCUGAAGCCGCACAUUGCAUCACUCGUGCGCGUGCGCAAUUUCGCACAGGUGCGAGACAUCCUGGACAACCUUUUCCUUGUCGCCAGUGCUGAUGACGUUGACGAUGGUGAUGUUGUCGACGAGUUGGAAACGGAGGGAACGAAGCAGCACCACACGAUGCGCGACGAUGGUGAUGGUGAUGACGAUGGUGAUGGUGACGUUGGGGCUGGCGAAGCAUUGACGCGGUCAGGCAACAAUCAGCAGCAGCAACAACAACAACAACACCAACAACAACAACAACAACAACAACAACAACAACAACAACAACAACAACAACAACAACAACAACAACAACAACAACAACAACAACAACAACAACAACAACAACAACAACAACAACAACAACAACAACAACAACAGCAGCAGCAGCAGCACAACGGUGGCGGACUAGCACUGGUUCGGUCGCUGUUUGUGGAGACGAUGAAAACGCUCGCACGUGACGGCCAUCUCACAUUUGUUGAAACGUUGUUGAAACGCGAUGACAUCACCACACGCACGCGCAUUCUGCACGCAGUGCUGGACAUUGUGCUGCCGAGCGUGGAGACCGUGCUUGCAAGCACAGGCGAUGUCAGCGUGGGUGGUGAUGGUGAAGACGCGAACGAUAACAGCAACAGCAGUGGCAGCAGCGGCAAGGCAUCCAAGAAUGCAUCGCCGUAUUCCGUGUCGACCAUUGAGCGAGUGUUGAUGUCAUGCGAAUGCGAUUUGACACCGGAACAUUCGCGUCGUCUUGAACUCCUCUACCUGCAGGAGCUCGUCUGUGACGACCGCUUGUUUGACGCCGUCGAGUACGCCAGCACCAACCCGACGCUCCAGACCUACCUGGACAAGUGUGGCGUGACUGCUGCGCGUGCCCAGGCGGACUACGACCGGUUGCUUGCAAGCAUGUCUAAACGCUGCCUGCGCUUACCUGACGAUGUCCCCGUCGCCUGGAUCGACACAGAACAGGGACUGUGUGAGAUGGUUGAUUGCCUGCACGUGCGCGCGUCCGAGGUCUCGUCUGUGGACGGGCGACCAAUGCUCGUGGGGAUUGACACGGAGUGGCGCCAGCCGCGUGUUGCGUGCACGGUGAUGCAGAUUGCGGUCUGUGAUUCCGUAUGGAUUGUGGACACGCUGAUUCACACCAAGACGAAGCAAUACGCACAGCACGUGGCAGCCCUGCUGGAGUUUCUGUUUGCCUGCGAGCACGUGCAUGUGCUCGGGUUCUCGUUCAAGGACGAUGUGCGCCACAUCAUACCACUGUGCCCCGUGCUUGCAAGCAAACCACUCGUGUCCUUCACGGAUGUGCAGCAGCUUGUGCGCCGGCAGCUGAAGAAGAAAGGACAGCCCUCCCUCUCCCUGGCGUGUGAGCGCGUGUUCGGGCGCCCGCUCAACAAGAUGGAGCAGUGCAGCAACUGGGAGCGCCGACCACUGCGACGCGACCAGCUCGAAUAUGCCGCCAUUGACGCGUGGUGCCUCAUCGGCAUCUACUCCCACUACAACGGCAGAAGCAGGACGUAAUGGGAUAGGGUGUGUGUGUGUGGGGGGGGGGGGUGUGUGUGUGUGUGUCUGUGUGUGU